GCCCCAGUUACCUAGCAAGCGUGUUAAGUGGUGCCGCCGACAGUGAAGCCCGAGAGAAAGGAAAAAACAUCGAAUAUCAGCGCAAGUUUGGGGUUCAGCGCGUUGAGAUUGCUUUCUUUUUUAUAUUUGGGCGUGCACUAAAAGUUUGGUGGUCGCAUUUUUUAAAGGUAGCUGAGAAGGCCGAGAAAAAUGUCCACACUAAGAUACGGCACCAGCCUCGGUCCUGCAACAGUCUCCUCUGCAGGAGAUCCUCUGCGAAAUGGGGACGAAGAUACAGUGAAGCCAGAUGAUCCCAGUGAUCCCAACAAGUUGCUGCAGUGCCCUUAUGACAAGAAUCAUCAGAUUCGCGCCUGCCGCUUCCCUUAUCAUCUUCUCAAGUGCAGAAAGAAUCAUCCCAAAUUAGCGAGUGAACUGAAGACAUGUCCCUUCAAUGCAAAACACCUGAUGCCCAAACAUGAGCUGUCGCACCAUAUUGAAAAUUGUGAGGAUAGACGCUCAGUCACUAUUGAGGCUGAGGCCAACACGGAGAUACAGAGGAAAUUUCAAGUCCCAGUCAGUACUUGGACAAACCCUGUGACUGAGGAGGACUGGGAUAAAGAGGCUGAUGACCACGCUGCUACUUUUGUGUGGGGAGUGUCAACUAAUCAGCUCAUCCAAAAUAAGCCUGAGCCAAGAACCACUAACAAUUUGACCCCAGGGCUCCGGGCACCUCGAACGCUCCCGUGGAAACUCUGAAAGAAACACUCCCUGUGCAUUUGUGGACUGUCUGUUCACUCAUCCCUGAAGAAUUCUUAUUAGUAAAGUUUUAAAUUCACCUUGCAUGCUUUGUAACUUCACUUUGUGUUUGAAAUGGACUUUCUUUUAAUGAUUGCUGGUUUUGCUGUGGCUGUUUUGUACAUUUUACAUAAACUGUACGUUUUCUUAACAUACUAAUCCUGUUUUGUUUUGAAACUGAACCUGUGUGGACCUGAGUCCUAUGUCCUCAUUUUGCUGCCCACUGCUUUGAUCAGUUGUAUUGUGACAAUGGGCCAGAGUAAAUUGUGGAAAUGGUACAUUUAAUGAUGAAUCUUGCCAUGCUUGAAUGAAGCUUUGAGUCUGUCAUCUCUGCUGUGGGGAGACGUACGUCUGUCAAAAGUGCACUACCCUUUUGUUUGUGUGAGGUGGUAUCAGUUUCUUAUUCCAAUAAACACAGGAAAUUUGGCAUAAUAA